AUGUGGUGGAGUUGUAUGUUGUACGUGGUGAGGGAGUCGUAUGUGGUGGAAGAGUUUUACGUGGUGGGGAAGUUUUACGUGGUGGGGGAGUUGUACGUGGUGGGGGAGUUGUACGUGGUGGGGGAGUUGUAUGUGGUGGAGGAGUUGUACGUAGUGGGGGAGUUGUACGUGGUGGGGGAGUUAUAUGUGGUGGAGGAGUUGUACGUGGACAGACCACACUACACCACAGCAGACCACACUACACCACAGCAGACCACACUACACCACAGCAGACCACACUACACCACAGCAGACCACACUACACCACAGCAGACCACACUACACCACAGCAGACCACACUACACCACAGCAGACCACAACACACCACAGUAG